UCACUUGCCCAUCCCUCAACCACCACAAUUAAAUCAAUCUUAACACCAUCUCUAUCAAUCAUCUAUAAAAUGUAUAAAAAUAUUCAACCAUAUAGCAGACCCCCCUAUAUAUAAUAAAUAUAUAUAUAGCCAUAUAUGAUAACAGUUCCAAACAUUCAAGUCCAAGCUCUAUUCAGCUUAGAGACUCUUUCUCUUCUCUCUCUAUCUCUCUCUGUGUCUCUCAAAAAGUUUUGUAGCUAUACAAAUAUGGAAGGUGGAAAUGGAUAUAAAAAAGGGCUGUGGACCGUGGAGGAGGACAGAAUUCUAAUGGAUUACAUACGCUUGCAUGGAUCAGGAAAGUGGAAUCGAAUAGCCAAGCUAACAGGAUUGAGGAGGUGUGGCAAAAGUUGCAGAUUGAGGUGGAUGAACUAUCUGAGCCCCAAUGUAAAGCGAGGUGAUUUCUCUGAGGAAGAAGAUGAUCUCAUAAUUCGCCUUCAUAACCUCCUUGGAAACAGGUGGUCUUUGAUUGCUGGAAGAGUUCCAGGAAGAACUGAUAACCAGGUGAAGAACCAUUGGAACACUCAUUUGAGCAAGAAGCUCGGCGUAAAGAAGGAAAAGAGCAAAACGAAAGCUUCUUCACAAACAGUACUCCCAAGGGAAUCAGAAGAGAAAUUCUGUAUCCCAACAUCAGAAUCAAUGGACUCUGAUGAUCAUCAUCAGCUUCCUUCCAACUUCAUCAAUGGUGAAUUUCAUGCAGGGGAUAAAGUGAUGAAAGAUGGAUCUCAAACCGCUGUUUAUUUAACUGGAAUGUGGGAGGUGAUGAGGAAUGACAAUUAUGAAAGCUCCUUUUGUUUUUCUAAUGAUGAUGAUGAUCUUAAUAAUUUCCAUAGCUCUUUUUUUGUGGAGUCUCUACAGGAAUAUUGUUCCCUUGAUUUUAUUUGGAAUAAUGGUUUGUAGACUUGGCUUUUUCAGAUAGUCUAGCUUAGCCACCCUGUGUACUUAAUGAAUUUCUUUUCUUUGA